AUGGCCGACGAAGAAGAGCGCCUCAAGGCCGAGAAGCUCGCCGCUGCCAAAAAACGGGUCGCCCAACUGCAGAAACAAAAGAAGAAAGCCAACAAGAAGACCGCCGGCACGGACUCGCCUAAAGAACCUGAAUCGUCGAAAGAUGCCGAACCAGCUAAACCUACCCCCGGCGAUGCAGAGUCCCCCGCACCGCCAGCGGAGAAGCAGGAGCAGGAGCAGCAGCCCGAGUCCGGCGCGCAGGAUGACGCAGCACCAGCAGAAGCAGCUCAACCAGAACCCUCUCAGACCGAACCGGAACCCCAACCUGAACAGCCAGAACCGAUCCCCGAGCGAGUAGACUCCCCCGUCGAACCAAUGCCCGAUGCCCCCACGUCUCCUGGGCCAGAAACCGAACCCCAAAGCGCGACUCGACUAGACGCCCCGCGCGCAUCGCACGGCCGCCAACCCUCGCUCUCAAUCCAGUCGAAGAUGAGGUCGUCAUCGUUCCGCAAGACGUCCGUGUCGCAGGGAAGCGUGUCACCGUCUCCGUCGGCGACGAUCAAGUCGCCGUCGUUGCCGCCGUUGUCGGCGGACGGGGACUCCGUGCAAGAGGUGUACCGGAAACAGUCAACGCGGAUCGAGGAGCUGGAGAAGGAGAAUAAGCGGUUGGAGAAGGAGUUGGAGGAGGGAUCGAGCAGGUGGCGGAAGACGGAGGAUCAGUUGGAGGAUCUCCGGGAGUCGAGUGUUGAUGCGGCGGAGUUGAAGGAUAAGUUGGAAAAGGCGGAGCAGAAGGUUGCAGAGAUUGAUGAGUUGAAAGCUGAGAUUGCGUCCCUGCAACGACAGAACUCACACCUUCAAACGAAAACCCACCGUAACAAUUCCGGCGCAUCCCCUGGAACAACCGAGUCACCGCCGUCGGAUCUAGUACAGCAAUUGGAGUCGAAAUCCACUACGAUCGAGGCGAUGGAGCUUGAGAUCUCCAACCUGCGGGCACAGCUUACCGAGCAGACUAGUUCCAACAGCGCGCACGAGGAACAGAUAGCGGCUCUGGAAGAGAAGCUCUCGCGCAGCGAAUCCGCCCUCGAGAAGACGCAAAACGAGCUUACAGACACCAAGACCGCGCUGACGCGUGCGUCCGAGAAGGCCGUCAAGGAGGGCGUGGACAAGACGUCCACCGAAACCUUGAUCAAGAACCUCGAGCGCGAGAUCGAGGAACUGAAGACCGAAAAGACCGAAUCCGAAAAGAAGAUCGAAACGUUAGACAAGAAAUUACAAGCCAUGGGCAAUCUGCAUAAGGAAUCGGAAGCCCGACACUCCGCGCGACUCCGUGAGAGCGAAAAAGCCGAGAAAGAAGCCACGGCGCUGCGCAAGAAACUCGCUAGCGUCGAGAACGAGAACCUCCGACUGAAAGAAGAGCAAGUCAAGAAACGCGAAGUCGGCGGCGGCGGUGGUGCUGACGACGACGCUAUCGACGAGCUCGAGGACGAAGAGCGCUCCCGCCUCUCGCGCCGCAUCCGCGAACUCGAAGGCGAAGUCUUCGACCUCCGCCGUGGGGUCUGGCAAGACCGUAAAGACGAACUCUCCGCCACUGGCCAAGAUACCACCGACUUCGCACCGGACUCGGCCGCCGCCAACACCUUCGACGACGUCGACCUCGUCGGCGGCAGUCCCGAACACGCCCGCCGCCGAAGCAUGGCCCAGUCGCAGCAGCACUCAUCCUUCUCGACCGUGCUCUCUAGCGGCAUCGCCGCCUUCACCGGCGCCAACACCUACGGCAACCGAGGCCGCGCGCCCUCGAACCAGCACCAACAACACCCUCCUGCCGCGCGCGGCAGCCUAGAACUCCUCUCUGAGGAGAACCUAGAUGACGAGUUCGACGAGGCCGAGUUCGCGCGCGCCCAGGCUGAAGAGGAGGCGCGGAAACGCGUCGAAUGGGUCCGUGAGAUCAAGACCAAGUUGAAGUCCUGGCAAGGGUGGCGAUUGGAUUUGGUAGAUAGUCGCGCGGGCGCUGAGGGCGCUGGUGUCGGGAUGGGUGAGAUCUUUGAGAUUUAG